AUGGCGAGUCUAGCGGAAGUUGUAGGGAAUGGGAUUACGGUUUUUCCACUUUGGUGCGUAGGAAUAGCAAGCAUCAUACUCUUUUACAUUUACAGUUUGAAGUCUCGGGUACGAUCGAGCUUUAGAGGCGCACCGGUGUGGCCCGUCGUGGGCGUGCUUCCUUCGUUGCUUCUCAAUUUCGGGCAACUCUACGAUUGGUUUACUUAUCUCGUCGUCAUAAACGGCGGAACGUUCAGGCUCCCCGGUCCUUGGAAAUUCCGGGUCUUCACGGCGGAUCCGGCAAACAUAGAAUACCUGCUGAAAACAAGGUACCACAAUUUCGGCAAAGGAGAGAUUUUCAAGGAAACGUUUCGCGACAUGUUUGGCGAAUCAAUUGUGGUGCAAGAUGGGGAGGCUUUCAAGCGCUUCAAUAUAUCGGUCCGUAAGGCGCUCGCCUCGCCGGCCUUCCGCGACGAUGCGGCAGCCUCCCUGCCGGCAGUGAUGCAGCAAAAUCUUGUUCCUAUCUUCUCCCACGCCUGUGAAAAAGGCGCCAUUAUCGACCUGCAAGACGUGUUCCACCGGCUUGCUUUGCACGAUGUUUGUCUCUUCGGCGCAGGUGUGGAACUUGGUUGGCUUAAACCGGAUCUACCAAAUCGGCUUCUCAAGGCCAGAGAAACCAUCUACGACUUUGUUCUUCAACAAGUUCAUCCUCGCUGGCGCGCUAAGCAGGACGAGACUCAAGGAUCCGACAUCGGAUCAGCCUUCAUUCGCUUCGAGAGGGAAAGCGGGCGGCUUUAUUCUGAUAAGGGAGUACACGAGUUAUUUGUGAGCCUCAUUUUGGCGGGCAAGGAUACGGUUACGCCGGGCCUCACCUGGUUCUUCUGGCUGGUAGCAAACAACCCCCGUGUUGAAGCUCAGAUUUUAGCAGAACUCCGAGAGAUCAUGAAGCAGAGGAAUAGUCUGGACGACCUCGACCUUUUUUCUUUUAGCUUUGAAGAAGUUAAGAGGAUGGAUUAUCUGCACGCAACAUUGACGGACUCUCUCCGCCUCUACCCGCCUAUUCCAUUUGAGCUCACGGCUUCCCUUGAAGAUGACGUUCUGCCCGACGGCACGACUAUGAAGAAGGGUGAACAGAUUUUGUACUCUAUUUAA